CAAAAAUUGUAAAUAAUUCGCAAUCGAAAUAGCAGAAAAAACACGGACCGCUGUGGUUCAUUUGAUCAGCGGACGGGGGUGAUAAUUGACAACGCCAAGUGUGAAGAGUGGAGUGUGCUCCCCCAACGUAUAGCGUAUAUUAAUUCGAUGCUCGUGGAGCAUUGGGUCUGACGGUUUACCCAGAAAUCGGAGACCAAAACAAGAGUGACGUCAUAAUGGUGCUCAGUAUAUCGCCCAAUAAAAGCUACCAUAUAAACACGAUAAUAUGAAUUAAGAACACAAGGAACAUAGCAGACAAGCAACGAAGAGAGCCGUAUCGGAUCUAAUUUUUAUACAAACCUCAAAGACGACGACGGGCAAUCAGCACAGAAACCAAAUUAAAGUCACCCACUGGACUACUGACUACUGACUACGAUCCACACCCGCUACAAUGGCCAGCGUCUGGAAGCGAUUGCAGCGCAAUUUCAAGCGGGCUGCCAAAUUCCAGUUCACUGCGUCCUAUCAUGAUCUGCAUCUGGAAACCACCGCCAAGUGGCGACCUUCGAACCUCUCGAUAGUUUGGACCAGACGAUCUAGACGAGAGGCCAGUGCCCCCCUGCCAUGGGAGCCGGACAUGAUGAAUCCGCUGGUGGGUAACAUAUCCUGGCCCGUGCCCGACAAUCACACCAUAUCGGUGACCCUCUUCAAGGAUCCCCGCACACACGAGCUGGAGGACAAGGACUGGACAUUUGUCAUUGAAGAUAUUACUCCCAUGGGCAAGAAACGGGUGCUGGCCAAUGCCAGUAUCAAUAUGAGAAAGUAUGCCAGCAUAGAAUCCACUCAGCAGAGCUUUACUUUGGCACUAAAGCCUGUCUCGAAGAAGAUCACAGCCGCCAGCCUGGAACUAACCAUUAGUUGUGUAUUUCUCCGCGAGGGCAAGGCAACCGAUGAGGACAUGCAGAGCGUGGUCUCUAUGAUGUCCGUGAACAACAACUGUGAUGUGGCGCCCUUGGACGACCUGGAGGAUAUACCCGAUCUGGAGAAUUUCAGUGAAAUCACAGACAACUUGUAUGACUUUACCCAACAACUGGAGCAGAUGACAACGAGCCUCAACGGUUGCAUUGACGCGACCACCCCCCUAAGUGUACCUUCGUUAUCUGAAGACCCAACUCCUUUGGCCGAGUCAUUUAAUCAAUUGCAUUUUGAACUAGACGCCGAUGGCGAUCGCGAUCGCGAAGCUACCAACAAGUUAGACUUGUCCACAGCUGCAUCUGGCAGUUCUAGUGGGCCUCUAGCCAGUGGAGGUCCUUCCGCCGACGAGUCCCUAAAAACUCCCAGUGGAGCUCAGUCCUUGGUGGACAAAACCCCCAUCAAGUCUCCAGGUGAGGCGAAGACCCAGCAGCCGAAGACACCUGCAGAGACAUUGCUGCCUAGGGUGGCUGGAUUCUCCAAGGUGGUUACUUCCACGCCCCUGGAGCCCAAAACGACGAAGGACCCUGAGAAGCCAAAGAUAGGCAAGGCAUUAAACUUUGACGAGAAGAAGGAGAAGGUGGCCGAUAUUUCGGUCGAGUCUAUCAGGGAUGACUCCACCAAGAGCGUGGCCAAUAGCAUCACCAUCAAGGAAACUCCCAAAGCUGAGGAGAAGACCAACAAGGAUGUCUCUACCAGUUCCAAGCGCUCUGAGCUGCAGCCCCUGAACCUAAAGAAGAGCUAUGAACCUUCCCCGAUACCUGGUCCGGCACCUGUGAUAAAUGAAUCCACUGGAUCGCAGUCGGGAGUUAGUGGAACAGCGUCUGUGAACAACAGCCUCAAGCCAGUGGAAAAGAUCGUCCUAAAAGAGAACACUCCCGGGCAGGAUCUGCUGGAGUGGUGCAAAGAAGUAACCAAAGAUUAUCCCAAUGUCAAAGUCACCAAUCUGACCACCAGCUGGCGCAAUGGCAUGGCCUUUUGUGCCAUUAUCCAUCACUUUGUACCAGAGCUGAUAGACAUGUCAAAGCUGAGUGCUCACGAGGUGGUGGGCAACUGCAAGAUUGCCUUUGAUGCUGCCGAGUCCUUGGGAAUACCUCGGGUCAUUGAGCCGCGCGAUAUGAAUCUGCUGACAGUGCCCGACAAGCUGGCCGUGAUGACCUAUUUGCAUCAAUUGCGUGCCCAUUUCACAGGCAAGCAGCUGAAAAUCGAACAAAUUGGUUCUACGGCAGAUGAAUCGAGUUAUGUGAUUGGAAACUACAAAUCGGACAUUCUGUCCCAGAGUCGUAUGUCCUUUUCGCGCAUGAAGAUCCAACAGAGCACCUUCGAUGACGACAUUCUGACGGCCCUGAACAAAACCGAGCCGUUGUCGCCAACCAGCAAGAAGGAUGUUAAGAAUCUGAUUCUGAACAACUCGAUGAACAUACUGGGCAAGGUGCUCUCACCCACAAAGGACAAGAAUUCGAUAAACGCCUCGCAGCACGGCAGUUGCCAAACACCACCGCCCCAAGAAGACGGCCAGGACGAGGCCACACAGCUGGGCGGCAAGGAGAACACCUCCCUGACAGUUCUCGAUUCCCAGGCGGCCAAUGAGGAGAGACAACAGCGGCUGCGAGAGCAAGCCCGCCGGCUCAUCUUGGAGACGCGUGUUAAGAGCGGCGUAUCCAUCGAGAGUCCCACCAGCCCCACCAAGCCCAAGCGUUUCAACUUCUCGCAGGAGCGCACCAUCUCGCCCAUUCACAACGGUGCCGAUGAGUUCUUCGGGGACCACUCCAAGAAGAGUGACGAGAAGGAACCGGUCAGUCCUAGUCAUAGAUUAAGCGAUCCGAGGGUUAAAGGCAGUCCGCUGCAGUCCUUCAAUGGGCUGGUGGACCGCAUCUCACCAAAGCACGAGAAGAAGGGCGACAAGUUGUCGUACAUCGAGUCCGAACUGGAGGCUCUGGAAAGGGAGCAGGAGGCCAUCGACCAAAAGGCCAGCAGUCUGGAAGCCAAGCUGCGCGCCGUUAUGGGCGGCAAUCCAAGUAAUAAUCGCAGUAGAAACCCGUUCCUUAGGCUAAUCCGAAAUAGUAUUGGUGGUGGUGAUGUGAUUCGUAUUAAGCUGCUGGACUCUGAUGACGAGAGUCUGUUUGGUGGUGGUGGUGGUACCAGCGGUGCUGGAAGUGGGGCGUGCAGCGAGGAUGACGACAUGGGCACGUCAAGUGAAAGUGUCUACAUCACCGGCGAUGAGAUGCAUUCCCAACUGAGGGUUCCGCCUCGCCAACGGCCCCGCUCGCAGUCAUGUUUCGUGAAUCCGAACAAGCCGGCCCAUUCAUCGAGCAUGACCCACCACUCGCCCUCCCAUCUGCGCCCGCAUCAUGUACAUCACGUUGUGCCCUACUCCCAUAUGCUAGAUAGCUGCCCAUCGCAGCAGUCCUCCUGUGAUAACCUGCCCGCGUGCAGCGACGAUGACGAUGUCCGGCGGCAACAGGAUCGCAGGCCGAUCCAUAGGCGACGCCGUCAGCCUCGACCCCAUAUGUGUAUCCAUCAUAGUCACAAUCAUUGUGAGACCGAGGAAACCGAGGAGCAACUGUUAUCGCAAUGGUUUACCCUGGUCAACAAGAAAAAUGCCCUCCUUCGUCGACAAAUGCAGUUGAACAUACUCGAACAAGAAAAAGAUUUGGAACGUAAAUUUACGAUGCUGAAUCAGGAGUUGCGGGCGGCGCAAUCAGUGGAGGAUUGGCGCAAAACGGAAGUGCAACGGGAAAAGGAACGCCUGCUGCUCGAGGAGCUGGUGACUAUUGUCGAUAAGCGCGACCAGUUGGUUCAGCAUCUGCACAAUCAGGAACAAGCGAUCGAAGACGAUCACGAGAUAGCGAGGGAACUCGAGCAGGUCGACAUAAGUGGCGGCAAAGACAAAUGUGUUCUUCAAUAGAAAUCGAAAUUAACCAAAACCCGACUGGAGAUUAUACUUACAGCAGACACACACACAACACUCAAUCUUAUCUAUGUAACUAGCUAGAUAUCAACUAUGUUCGGUGACACGCGGAAAGGUCGCGUGGUUUUUGUGGUUCGGUGUCGCUUAUGCAAUCGUUUUAUCCAACGACAACAAUUACUCAGUAUGGACCACUCAGUAUGGUUUAAAAAAUAUAUAUAUAUGAAUAUAUAUGUAUAACAAAGAUACUGUGAAACCAGAUUAAUUGCUUUUGUAUCUAAGCAAAGAAAAAGAACAAAACGUCCGUUAGUGAACUAAGCUGAAAAGGGAUUAAUAAAAACCCUUAGAACAGACAUUUCGAAAAGGGGCAAUCUACACUAAUAUUUAUAUAUUCAGACAUGAAAUUAUUUAACGUCUAUGUGUAAAAUUAUAUGUUCGGUUCUUGUUUUGUUGUUAGUGCCAUCUGAACCACAUCUAAAGUCGAUACAGAACGCAAUUGAGGAGGCAAUUUUACGAUAGUUUAUGAUACCUUAGCAUUUAUCCCGCAGUACUAGUAAUGCUUCAUCCAAAAAUACACCUGUACACGUAACUUAUAUAAUACCUUAUACAUACAUACAUAUAUUUAUGAACCCUCUGUGCAAAAACCACCACUCUUACCAUACAUAAUUUUUAGAUCCGUACAUUUGCUCUAAGUUAAUGCAAAGCGAAUCGCUUUAAUCAUAAUUUAAUGGUGGCUUAUAUACUUAUAUAAUACAAUUUUAAUUUUAUUUGCCCUGGCGAAUGUAUAAAGAACUGUUCAAAACCAAGAAACCUAGCUAAUAAAGACCAUGCAGAUUCAAUCGUCUGCAUCGAUUAAAUCCAAA